GGUCGCGCGGGGAGCGUACCGCGCAGGCGCGUCAGGGUUCCUGUGGCCAUCAUGGCGUCCCGAGAUGAUAUCGGGCCGGCGCUACCUCCGCAGUUACCGGAUUCCGACGCCGCUUCGGUGGACUCCGGGUCGGUUGCAGGACCAGCGUUGCCUCCUGGCUUCAAGGAAAACUCUGAAAAUUCUGAUCACGAGCAGAAACGUGUCUCUUCUCCGAAGUCCAGAGAGACAGAUUCUGAUUCUGAAGAGGAGGAAGGUUCAAGUCCAGUUCCUAGGAAACUGAGAAGAUCUCAGGAAGAUGAUGAUGAUGGGUUUUUUGGACCUGCUCUUCCUCCAGGAUUUAAAAAGCAAGAGGAAUCACCCGAAAGACCUAUUAUAGGUCCUGCUUUACCCCCAGGGUUUAAGAAACCGUCAGAAGAUGCUGAAGAAAAACAAGGUAACAAAAGCCAGGCGAGCGAUAAUGAGGAAGAGAAAGAUGUAUUUGGUCCCAUGCCAGCCAAGGGAUCGGUGGACUCCAACCCAGGUGCUGAGAUUGAGGAUCGGGCUCGUAGAAUGAAGGAGAAACUUCUGGGAGACGCUGAUGAUGAGUCCAAACAAACUAAAAGAGAAUCCUGGAUGACCGAUCUUCCCCCGGAACUCAAAAACUUCGGUUUCGGUCCACGGACAUUCAAAAGAAGAGCCAACGAUAAUUCUGGAGACAGAUCACUAUGGACAGAUACUCCGGCCGAUAGAGAAAAGAAAGCUAAGGAACAGCAGGAAGCAAGAAAGCCCGUCUCUAAGGACAAAGAGGAAGCGGUCCCCUCCGAGAGAGACAAAAAGCUGGCUGAGCAGAUAUCCUCGUACAAUGACUCUCAGAGAUCUGAAUCUCUGCUGGACAUACAUCGGAAGAAGCUAAAGAGUAAAACCGAGGGAGAAAAGGAUAAACCUCAAGAGAGAAGGCCCUUUGACCGAGAUCAGGACCUUCAAGUCCACCAGAUUGACGAAGCCCGAAAGAAAGCCCUCAUCAAACAGUCCAGAAACUUGAACACGAGGUUUGCCCAUGGCAAAUGCAACACGUUUUUAUAAUGGAUGCUGACCGAAAUGGCAAGCGUGCUAAAUAAAACAUGUCCUUUGUACAUACAAACAUAUUUGUGGAAAAAACCCACGUUCCUUUAAAUUGAAGUUCUACCACGCUCUGUUGCAUGGAUGACUGGAUUUUGGUUGCAUGAGUCCAGCUGUUGGUGGCAGGGAGGAAUCUUAAUGGUGGGACGAGUAGAGUUUGACUCCCAAAGGGCAUUUCCUUCCUUUCCCCUCCACAAACAUAGAAAUAAUAUUCGCUUGUGCCGCUUCUGGUGAUAUUCACUGCAUGGUUUCCUUCCCCAAGAAUGGCGAAAGGGGAGUUGUGAAAAACACACCUGUUCUUGGGAAAAAUUCCUUUACAUUGUUCUGAAAAGGAAUAAGCCCAUUUGAAAUAUUUUAAGUUUUAAAUAACCCCAGGUCUACUCUGUAAAUGGAUUUUUUUUAACAACAAAAAAAAUAGAUUUCUUCAGCUCGGAUUACCUUGGGAUUUCAAAUAUCAGAAUGAUAGGCGUGUAACUCGACAUUUGGAGUCGAUAAAAGAGAGAGAGAGAGAAAUCUGACGGCUGCUGCAAAUAACUUGUGGAUCUGAUCGUAAUUUAUCACUUACAGGAAAGAUUAUUAACCCCUUACCUGUACAUUUGACAGGAUUAUGAAUAAAGCAUAACCAUUAUAGAAUAUGUUAUUUUAAUCUGUUGUUUUAAAAUUGUAUAUUGUAUUGUUUUAAUCUGGCUGUACACCGCCCUGAGUCCUUUGGGAGAAGGGCGGUAUAAAAAUCUAAAUAAUAAAUAAAAUCUCUGAUAAAAUUGUCCCAAACUGUCUUUCUCCCCCCUCCCCUGCUCUCUCUCUCUCUCUCUCUCUCUCUCUCUCUCCUGCUUUUUCCAAGUUGAGGGACAGGAGCCACUGAUAAACUGAAUUGGAAUUCAUUAAAAAGGGUUUCGGUUCCGAAGAGUUUCCCCAUCAAGAUUUCUUUCUUUCAUUAUUUAAUAGAUUUCUGAAAGCAUAUCCUAUUGCAAAGUAUCUUGCAGCGGUUUCCAAUAGAAACCCCGCUAGCGUCCAUAAUAGUGCAUUCAACGAAGCAAAAACGUUAAAGCUAAAUAUAUUCAUUAAAAAGGGGGAAGGGAACAGGUGGAAUGAGCAGACGUUCUUCCCAUAUCCUUACCAGGAUGUCCUAGGACAGGGGUCCCCCCAAACUUAGUGACUUUAAGACUUGUGGACUUUAACUCCCAGAAUUCCCCAGCCAGCUUUGCUGGCUGGGGAAUUCUGAGAGUUGAAGUCCCCAAGUCUUAAAGUCACCAAGUUUGGAGAUCCCAAUCUUACGUGAAAAGACUUGCCAGUAGCCAAAAUAGCCAUUGACUUAAGAAUGGUUAUUUGAGAUGGCCAAAGAUAAUGUGGAUUUUAACCCCUGGAAUUUAACUCCUAUAUUGGUUGUGAUCUUCGCACGCUGUACUGUCCUGGCAAAAAUCUGUAUAUAUGGCUCGAUUCUUGUCUGCAAUAAAGAGCUUCAGUUUUG